AUGUCUCUUGCGAGCAGGGAGGCGGUUUUGCACUUGACGGGGUACAGACACCAGGGAUUCUACGGGCGAUCGUACAAGAAGACCAUCAGCAUGCCCGACCUUCUCUCGAGAGUGAAGAAGGUGGAGGGAGCGGAGACCGAUGUCGUAACCGACCAACUCAGCAGGGAGGGCGUGGAAAUCAUCACGGGAACGGCACGGUUUGUGAAGUCGGACAGCGGCGACUCCAGAAUGUCGGCGAUGGUGCUGCGGUCGUUGGGCGACGAACACGAGGCUGCCAGCUCUCCAUACCGGCACGUCGGGGCGGACACGCCCAAGUCGGUCAUAUCGGCCGAGCGCUUUCUCGUGGCGUGCGGGACGCGACCCGUACGGCCUCCCGACAUUCCCUUCGACGGGACGCAUAUUUUCGACUCGGAUCAGCUUCUCUGGGGAGGCAUCACCCACAUUCCCAGAGACCUUAUCGUCGUCGGAGCCGGGGUCAUCGGGAUGGAGUACGCGUGCAUGAUCAACGUCGUACCGGGGACCACCGUGACGGUUAUCGACCCGAGACCAACGGUGCUAUCCUUCGCGGACAAUGACGUCAUCGAGAACCUCCAAUACACCAUGCGCCAGAACGGUGCACGCUUCCUCCUAAACGAGCACAUCACUCGGAUCGAGAAGAUCGAAAAGAAGGACAGCAACGGAGGUGAGAAGAAAGUCUGGGCCGCCUCGCCUUCGCGAGGAAUUGAGUUUACCAGGAAAUAG